CCUGCUGAGGACCUGACCUCAUGCUCCAGACCUGUCUGCUGCCCACUAGAAGAAUAUUUCACUAGUUUGCUUUAUAUUUCCAGGCACAACCUGGGUCAGUGAAAUUGUGGACAUGAUCUAUAACAACGGUGAUGCAGAGAAGUGUAAGCGGGAUGCGAUUUACGUUCGGGUCCCUUUCAUGGAGCUGAUCGUCCCCGGAAUUACAAAUGGUAAAACUUUGUACACUGUAGGAGUAGCACACCUGGCUGACAUGCCCUCUCCCCGGUUAGUAAAGACCCAUCUUCCUGUUCAACUUCUUCCUGCCUCCUUCUGGGAAAACAAUUGCAAGAUGAUCUACAUGGCCCGAAAUGCCAAGGAUGUGGUUGUCUCUUAUUACUAUUUCUAUCAAAUGGCAAAGAUUCAUCCAGAACCUGGCACCUGGGAUGAGUUCCUGGAGAAGUUUGUGGCAGGGGAAGUUGCGUUUGGAUCUUGGUACGAUCACGUGAAAGGCUGGUGGGAGAAGAGAAAGGACAAGCCCAUUCUGUACUUGUUCUACGAGGACAUGAAAGAGGAUCCUAAACGUGAAAUACAAAAGGUGUUACAGUUUCUCGGCAAGGACCUGGAGGAAGAGGUGGUGAAUAAAAUCCUCCAUCACACCUCAUUCCAGGAGAUGCAGAAGAACCCCGCUGCCAAUUAUAAGAUGGUAUCAAAUGCUCAUAUGGAUCACAGUGUGUCUCCCUUCAUGAGAAAAGGUAUUGCAGGUGACUGGAAGAAUCACUUCACCAUGGCCCAGAAUGAGGCAUUUGACUGUGACUAUGAAGAGAAGAUGAAGGGGUCGACACUGCGUUUCCGAAUGGAGAUUUGAGGCAUCUCCCUUCUCCCAUCUGGCUUAUUUGUUUAGUUAGGCUCAGACAAAUCAAAUCAAAAUCAAAUUAAAGGGAGGCACCAAAGCAAACAGCAACUGUUAGUUACUCUGAAUAUGAUUUUUUGCACCUGCUUCUAUUUGUGUGGGCUCUUCAGUUCCGUAGCUCCCAUUUGGAUAAUGCAUUUGGGAUUUCAAGCGCCUUUGACUGUCACUAGGACCAGAGAUGGUUUGAGUUGUUGUGCGCUGAGAUUCUCACCUGACUCCAGGGGCUGGGGCUUCAAGAAAACUCACCAAAUAUGACGUGUCUUGAGAACUUGCAACUAAUGUAAGACUCCAGCAGAGCAAUUAUGCAGCUGCUAUCAUUAACAAACAGCAAGCUAUCAGUGGAAUCCUGGCCUUGUUUAUUAAGGUCUCACCAAGGCCCUCCACAAUAAACUAUGUGGUACUGA